GUUCCGACGCACAAAAAAGUGCCGAAAUGCCGAUACUUUCUCCAGAACAGCGUCUUGCAAUAGCGAUCGGUGUUCCUACAGUUGCCUUUUUGUUGUUUUUAUGGUACAAGCGAAGGCAAGGACUGCGCGAAUAUGAAGAGGAAGAUGAUGAAGAGGAGACGGAACAAACCUCGGUGGCCACCGUUUUUGAGACAUCUCUCGAACUGAAAGUCCCUGCAUCUGUGUCGGGUGUUAUUAUUGGACGUGGUGGAGCAAAUAUAAAGAAAAUACAGAAAGAAACAGGUACUUAUAUCAAUUUUAAAGACGACGAUGAGCCGAAGGAGAAAGAUUUCGGCGCGAACAGAACGCCAAGUGAGAGGACUAUCGUGAUCAAAGGUGAAAGAGAAAAGGCACGUAAAGCCGAGUUGAUAAUCAAAAAGAUUGUCGCUGAACAACCGAGACAACUGACAGAGGAGUACCUGAUACCACAGGCAGCCUGCGGCAAGAUUAUAGGUAGAGGAGGAGCAACAAUAAGGCACCUUUGUCAAGUAUCCGGUGCUAGGAUCGUCGUAGACAGAAGUGAGAUACGGCCAGAUGUUCCCCGCAAGUGCACAGUAACAGGCACAGUUGAUCAGAUUGCAAAUGCCAAGGGUUUACUGGAUGAGACAAUAGCUGAGCACAAUGCAGCGAUGGCCAGAAAGCGCAUGCCUGCUGUUCAUCCUGUCGUGCCGGUGGCUGCAACACCUUCAUUAGCUAAAGACCCCUUAGCAGCUAGCUCUCCAGCAGUCCAGUUUCCAGUUGUCAGUGACUAUGUAGAGGUUUUCGUCUCUGCCGUGGACACACCUGGUCACUUUUGGGUGCAGCUGGUGAAGGGCCAUGGAGCCCAGGAGCUGGAUAAGUUGGUGUCUGACUUGACUGAGGAGGCUAGCACUGGUAGUGCUGACAGUAUUGUUCAGUCUGUGAAGGUUGGUGAAGUGUACUGUGCACCAUUCCCACAAGAUGAGUCCUGGUACAGGGCCAAGGUCACCAAGGAUAACAAUGAUGGCACUGUUGAGGUGUUUUAUGUGGACUAUGGAGAUGUUGGAACUGUGCCAAAAUACAGGAUGCGUAAGCUCAGGGAGGAGCAAACAUGGCUUCCAUUCCAAGCUGUUGAGUGUUACCUUGCAAAUGUCAAGCCAAAAGAUGGAGAGUGGAGCAAGGAGGCCAUUGAUGUUUUUAAGCAGCUCACACAUUAUCCAGACUGGCAGGUCAUUAUGACCAAGGCAGUCAGGUAUUGUGGUGCCACUCCCUGCUUGGACGUGUACAACACUACCACAGACAAGGACAUUUAUAUCAACCAAGAGAUGAUCAAAGGGGGAUUCGCCACAAGUGAUGUGAAAUAUCCGCCCUCAACUCCUGAUAACGCCCCUGCUGAGAAUGCAGUAAAAGAUGAAGUCGCUGUCAAAAUGGAGGCUGCAGAUGUCACUGACAGUCGACCGGAAGAUGUUGCGACUUCACGGGCUCCAAGCGAGUCCAACACUGAUAAGACUGUAGCCUUUCACGUCACCAAGCCAGUCUCACCCAAGGAAUUCUCUCCAGUGAAAACAGCACUUGUUAAACGCGUAUCCCAGGACUAUGUAGGCACCUCGCCCUCCAAGAAGAGUAGAACAUCCUCUGAAUUGGGGAUAACUGAGCACGAUGAGGUGUUUGAGCAGGGGCAAGUAGCACCUGAAGCGGCAGAGCAGCUAAAUAACGAGCCGCUGGAGUUCCUUGCUGGCCUACAGGGUAAGAAGAGGGAAGAUGGUCUUGCAGCUAAGACUUACUUGUUCGGCAGUAGCGAGCGCUCUGAUACGAAAAGGUCUCCAGAAAAACCACCGUUAAAACCCGAGGUGGAAGAGAUGAUUAAACUAAAGGUGAGUAGAGCCUUUGAACUUGAGACAAAUCCGGCAGAGGAAACCGAAGACAUUUCGCAGACGAACCAACAAGAGGGUAUGCCUGAAGCUCAAGAUCUUAACGCUAAGGAGGACGACGGCCAAAAGGCUGUGGACGGGCAGAAGAAAGAGAAUGGGGUUACGGAUCUCGACGAGGAUGAUGAGCUUGAGACCUUCACGUCUUCCUUUCAGCAGCAGGUAAAAGUGAAGACGUUACCCGUUACAGUAACGGUACGUAACGCAACUAGCGAGACGACAGAGCGUGACCAAGAGCAUGACACAGGCGACAUCGCUUUACCUCAGUAUAAAGGUGCCCCACCUUUAGUUGUCGUUGCCGAACAAGCUGACUCAGUUGCUUCAGCUCCAGAAACGCUGGCUGCAAGGGAAGAGGGGGAAGCUGUAGUCGAGUCUAAUAGCAGUUUGAAAGAAGACAGUGUUGACGCUACUGUUGUGGAAGCUGAGAGCACUCCGGGUCCGCAAGUCGUGAUUUCCGGAUCCGAGGAAGAGAGUGAAGAAGAAAGCGAGGAAUAUAGUGAAGAAGAAAGUGAGGAGGAGAGUGAAGAAAGUGACAGCGAGUCAUUUGCUAGUGCUUUGGAGGAGCCUGGGUCAGACACGGACUCGACGAGUUACCAAACAGCACGCAAUAACAUCGAGAGUAGCACGACCUCGCUUGAAUAUGACACGGCAGAGGGCGGCACGGAUACAGAAACACUGAGGUCCCAGAAUGAUACCCAUGGGACGCCUGUGAACUCCGACACGGAGAGUGAAGGCGAGGAGUAUGAGGAGGACGAGGGGGAGAAGACGCCGAAGCGAAAAUUAUCCCUUCAGGAUUCAGAUGCCACGCCCAAAGGGUCCUUGGCUGCUGAGGCAAUGUUUGGGUCAGAGCAGGAGCUUGGUUAUAAAGGGGACACUGAGGCAUCUACGGAAAACCUUCAUAAAUAACGAGCGACUUUGAGUUGGCAAAUUACUUACGGUGGACGGAAGUUUAUUAAAAUUUAAAACAAGAUGCCUGUUAAUGAAUAACGCCGUAAAUUCUUUAUUAGAAUAUAGCCCCUUUUUACAGAAAGGGAGUUUCCUAAGUUAUAACUGGUUAGAAACAUUUCACCAAAACCAGUCAAAAGAGGUAGAAGAUACAAUAUGUAUUUUUGAAGUUCAUAAAGAUACCUUUUAGUGUCAGAAAUUUUAUAAGAUGUUUAACAGAAAAUGUUGAUCGACUCAAGCAAAUGUUUUCGUAAUACGAGCUUAAAUGUUUCUAUUAAAUUGCAAAAGGAACAUAAA